AUGGUUAAUAAUGAAGAACUAAUGACCCAACAAAAAACUAAAGGAAAAGAAUUUCUACUUACAGAAAAAACCCUAUUUGCACAAAGUAUUGAAAAUAUAGGUCGUACGAAUACUACUACUUAUAGCAUUAAUACAGGUAAUGCCGCCCCAAUUAAACAAGGAUACUAUAAAGCUGCUUAUAAAGAAAAUGAUGGCCAGGUUGGCAUAAAAGCCUUUUGCCAAGAACCUGCAACACAUGCGGUAGUGAAAGGCACUGCCAGGAAAGUGUUGAAACAUCACAGACUGAAAUUAUUUUUACAAGGGUGGCCAGUAGAAGUAUUACCACAAGUAAGAAACGACGCUGUUAGAAGAGUUGAAAAAGUACAAGAAAGUGCUAAAAGAAAAUAUGAUCAAGACUUACAACAUAUAGAAGAAAUAAAAAGAGGAGACCAA